AUGAAGUUCACCCUCGGUAACCCGGCCGCUAUGGCUGAAACGCCUAGCGAGGUGCUCAACUGGCGUCUGUACUGGAGCACUUUUGUCUUUGGUAUCCUCGGUGCCAGUCGUGGACUAGACGAAGGUCUUGUCGGCGGUAUGGUGUCUCUCAAAAGCUUCAAGAGCGAGUUCGACUUGGACGCAGGCUCUGAACAUCAUCAAGCACAAGUCGAGUCCAACAUCACCAGCAUGGUUCAGAUUGGUUCCAUCGCUGGUUCGCUACUGGCAUUCUUCAUUUGCGACAAGAUCGGUCGUGUCCGAUCGCUUCAGGUCCUCUGUCUGUUGUGGCUAGUUGGUUUCAUCAUUGUUGUGACGAGUCAUGGAAGCGUUGGCCAGAUCUUAGCUGGACGGUUCAUUGCUGGUCUUGGUAUUGGUAUGACUGUCGUGGUCGGUCCGACAUACCUUGCCGAGACAGCCCCCAGAGCUAUUCGUGGUAUGCUCACCAACAUAUUUGCUGGUUCAGUCUAUCUUGGUGUCAUGAUUGCUUAUUUCAGCAACUGGGGCGCCUCUAUCAAUAUUUCCAACAACUCUCGAUGGCAAUGGGUUGACCCCCAAAUGUGCCAUAUUGGCUUUUCAAGCUUGCUUCUGAUUCUAUCAUUCACCGUCCCUGAGACACCCCGUUGGCUCACCAUGAAGGGACGCAACGAAGAGAGCACCAAAGCCCUCUGCAAGCUAAGACAACUACCUGAAGAACAUCCGUUCGUCCAAGCAGAGCUGUACGGCAUACAGGAACAGCUCGAGCGCGAGCAAGAGGCUUUCCUCGGAGUCUCAAGAUGGGGCAAGCUUCGUGAGCUGUUCACCAUCCCUGCCAACCGAUAUCGUCUUAUGCUGGGUUUUAUGGCUCAGCUCCUUGGUCAGUGGUCGGGAGCUAGCGCAAUCACCAUCUAUGCUGUUGAGUUCUUUGGUGUUCUCGGAAAGUCCGGUCAAUCUGAGAAGCUCUUUGCCACCUGUAUUCUUGGUGUCGUCAAGCUGAGUUCCGCCUACCUCUGCGCUUUCUUCCUGGUCGACUUUAUCGGACGACGACGCUCUCUGUAUGGUGGUAUCACUCUUCAGAUGAUCUCCAUUCUUUACAUCGCCAUCUUCCUGAGUAUUGUUGGCACUGAAGCUCUCGAAAACGGAACCUUGACCCCAUCUCAGAAGCAUGCCGGUGUGGGUGCUGUCGUGAUGCUCUACCUGUCAGGUGUAGGCUGGACAAUGGGUUGGAACUCGUUCCAGUACCUCGUCAACGCUGAGAUCUGGCCUCUCCGCCUCCGAGCCCUGGGAAGUUCUAUGACGAUGUGUCUGCACUUUGCCAACCAGUACGGUAACACAAAGGCUGUUCCACUAAUGCUCCUUUCCAUGACAAGCGCUGGCUUCUUCUUCUUCUGCGCUGCUGUCUGUCUUCUUGGCCUCAUCUGGGUUUGGGCAUUUGUCCCUGAAAUGGCUGGUCGAUCGCUUGAGAGCACUGACGAGUUGUUCUCACUACCUUGGUACAAGAUUGGUCGUCAUGGAACUAAGCUCGCGCCUGACAAUGAGGCCAUUAUGGUGAGGGAUGAGAAGGCUGAGGUAAAGGGCGAGGCUAACGAGUUGGAGUAUGGACGAAGGGACUAG